AAAAUGUACACAACAAAGCGGCUGAAUAACGUAGAAACUCGUUUAAUAACGUUUGGUGAUCCGUUCAAGUGCACUUCCGAAGUGAUUAUUGUUAUUACUGGGUGUCCGGGAAUACCGGACUUCUACUGGGAGUUCGCGGACCAAUUGCACCGUUGUACUCAACUACCUGUCUGCGUUGUUGGUCACGCUGGUCACGACGACAGAGAAUACCUGAAUGAUGCUGCCUCAAGCAAGAGCCUUUACGAUAUAAAAGGCCAGAUAGAACAUAAAUUGGAUUUAAUAAACAACCAUUUCGAUAAAAAGAAGAAACUACAUCUCAUCGGACACUCGAUCGGAGCCUGGCUACUGAUGGAACUCCUACACAAAAACGACCAUCUCACAAAAAGAAUAUCUUCAGUUAACUUAUUAUUUCCAACGCUGCAAAACUUCUCGGAAACCAAAAAUGGAAAACUCGUAAACAAUUUUAUAAGAUACCUCCACGGAAUUAUACUUUUAUUUUUGUUUAUUAUUCAGUUACUUCCAUCAAUUAGACUGGUCGGCAUCAAAGUUUAUUUGUACUUGAAUUCAUUACCUUCGUAUUACGUGAAGCGGGUAACGAUAUAUCUCAAUCCUCUGCUACAAGAAAAAUCUAUGCUGUUAGCUUAUGAGUCAAUGGGGAGGAUAAGACAACUUAAUACAGCAGCUAUUAAGAAAGUUAAGCAUAUUAUGACUAACAUAGUAUACAGCACACAAGAUGAAUGGGUACCGAUGCAUCACAUACAAGAUUUGAAGAACUUAGUACCACACUUCACGUUCAAACGAGUCAAUGUAGAUCACGCCUUUGUUUUAAAAUCGUCUGUGCUCGUAGCCAAAGUUGUGAGCAAUUUAAUUUUAAACAAUGGUAACCGUUCAAUACGUAAAUGA